UCAGACAGAGCGGCAGCUUACGGAGGGACUGUACGUAGUACGUUUCACUGUUAGAAACGGCAGGAGGAGGUUGUUGUCGUUUGGGGACAGGCAGAAUAAAAACAAAACAAAAGAUACACGAUGCUGGUGAAACUUAAAUAAUAAUAGAUUUAUCUGUACACCUAUUGGAGAACCUGUAUAGUGGUUUUUAAUCUGCUGAAGAUGGAAAAAGGCAGACACCGACCUGCCUGACCAGUGGAGCUUGUCUCUAGAGGGAACACCGCUACCUCCUCGGCGUGCCAUGACCACGGGAGAGUGCUGCCAUCUGCCCGGCUCGCUGUGUGACUGCACUGGCAACGCAGCACUGUCCAAAACCGUGUUGGAGUCCGACAUCAGAAGGGCACAGUACAUCACAGAGGUCACUGCAAAGGACGGCAGGCUCCUGUCCACAGUCAUCAAAGCGCUGGGGACACAAAGCGAUGGGCCCAUUUGCCGAAUCUGCCAUGAGGGGGGCAGCGGGGAAGGGCUGCUCUCACCGUGCGAUUGCACUGGGACCCUGGGCACUGUGCACAAGAGCUGCCUGGAGAAGUGGCUCUCCUCCUCCAACACCAGCUACUGUGAGCUGUGCCACACAGAGUUCACUGUGGAGAGGAGGCCCCGGCCCCUGACUGAGUGGCUGCGAGACCCCGGCCCACGCAAUGAGAAGAGGACGCUGUUCUGUGACAUGGUGUGCUUCCUCUUCAUCACCCCGCUGGCUGCCAUCUCGGGCUGGCUGUGUCUGCGGGGCGCCCAGGACCACCUCCAGUUCAACAGCCGGCUGGAGGCCGUGGGGCUCAUCGCGCUCACCAUCGCUCUGUUCACUAUCUACGUCCUCUGGACUCUGGUUUCAUUCCGCUAUCACUGGCAGCUGUAUACGGAAUGGAGACGAACCAAUCAGAAGGUGUGUCUGAUGAUUCCUGACACCAAGGGCACUCACUCUACCCAGCAGUCCUUGCUCUCCGCCAAGCUGAUGAAGAAGACUGCUGACGAGACCAUCGUAUGAACCCCCCCCAGGUGAGAGUGGGGAAGAGGUGGGGGCAUUGGGCUGAGCAGAAUGGGCUUGAUCUUCACAACGCCUCACACUCCAACUCUCAAGUGAAUUAUUUUUUUUUUCUUCAUCUAUAAACACCAACCUUUCUCAAAUUGUAUUUCCCUGUGAGCGAAGCCAACAAAAUCCGAAGUGUUUUCAUGACCCCUUCCUGUUGGUCUGCACGGAUCAUCCAGACAUUGCGUUAAUCCUGAGUGCAGGUUUCCCAGUAAAGAUGGGGUCGGAUUGCUUUGAUGGCAUCUACCGGUAUAGAUGGCGUAUGUAAUCUUUACCUGAAAAAUAUAUAUUUCUGUUUUGUUCGAGCAAAUUCAAGAAUUACGAAGCCUGCUUCUUGUAACGUUCAUUUUUUGAAGACCAAUUGCAACAAAUGACUCUUUACAUACGUUCGAGACCUUCCAUUGGGUGGCAACAGAUGGCACUGGUGGAUCUCCUGCCCAGUCUCGGGAGACUUGGCUGUUCUCCAGUUCUGCUGGAUUAACAGGGUAAAGUGACAUGAGCUGUAGAAGUCGGCAGUGGCUUUUACCUCAUCGAAGUGGAGGAUGGAGGCUUGUGACUAGUCUGUCCUUUUAAGUGUAAAAGUGAUUUCUCCUUUCCUACACUGCCAUGGUUGCCUGGAGUGACUAUCAUCUCGCGGAGGGUGCAAUAAACAUUUAAAGCACUGUCCUCCUCGUUCUCGUGGUGUGAAAUAUACACACAAACCCACGGUUUUGCAUGCAUGCACAUAAAAUGUUUGUUUGUUUGUUUGUAGGGAAGACAAACAUGUUUCUUAAAUGCCAUUUACAAAAAAUUAUAAUUUA